AUGAGUUGUGAAGAUUCUUAUAUUAGUACCAUAUAUCCAUCAUUCAACACGUUUAAAGCCAUAGAGUUUGUGGAUCCAGAAAAAGAGUUAUCGAUAAAUUUAGCAAAAAUCGAUUUUGCAAUCAAUGAACUGCCAUACCCGCUCAAUGAAAUCCCUUUGGAUUGUUUAAUUGAACUAAUAACCAGUCUGCAAAGAUUAAUACUGUUAGAAUCUGAGCUCGUUUCCCUGUUUACUAGCUUCUUUCGUACCCGUUUUGAUAAAAUAAUCAAUAAUGUGAUAAUUGAAUCAAUUUUUAAUAGUGGCUACAAUGGUAUAUACUUCCUUCCAAACAAUGAUUGCCUCACUAGAGUAAAUACAAUACUUCGGCUAGUAUAUGAUUUGAAUAAUCCUUUAAAUUCUACAUCUCCUUGUACAUUAUUUGUCUCUGAAUGUACAACAAUUCAAUUGCUAAGAUGUCUCAAAUCAACCCAAAUCUCUUUAUUAGAACACAUUAAUGAAAAACCACGUUCUGAUUCAAUUUCGGAUAGCAUAUUAAAUUCAAGAUUAACUACAACAUAUAGGAAACAAUUGAAGGUAUUUCAGAAAACUAAUGAACAAUAUGAAUAUAUUUAUCUUAAGAUCGUUCUUAUAAACCGGCUUUUAAAUAUGGUCGAAGAAACUUGCAAUCCCUCUUUCGAAGUAUUCGAUUAUUUCUAUGAAAUAUUACAACAUGAUGUUAUAACUGACACCAGUGCAUUCUGCACUGAAUUGAUGCUAGUGAUGGUUCAUUUCCGACAAGUUCUAGAUGGUGUGCAAAUAAAGAACGCUCUCUUUUACGAAGAAUUCGUGAAUAUUAGACAUUGUUUGAAAUUAAUAAUUACAACAAUACAUGGUAAACAAUAUCCUUGCAUAGAAUCGGAUAAAGAAUUUUCGAAACUACUUGUGUUGUAUAUCCAGAUAUUUCAAAAGAAUAAAGUUGCAACAAUUGCGAAAGAAACAAGUACAUGUAAUAAUUCUUCCAAAAAGACUGUACUUAAAUCAUCCCAAAGGCAGUGUAAUGUUGACAAUGCAAAUUAUAAAUACCAUUUAGCUAAGGGCCUUAAAGAACCCGAAUGGGUUAAAAAUUUCUACGACGUAAAGGCAAAUAACGAGAUACAACUUCAGAUUACGAAGGACAUUGUAAAUAAAGAAAUCUCAAGUGACUACAAUACCAAUGAUGACCCAACGAACACAAUCAAGCAGGGGUUUAGGUCUAAAAUGAGAAAAAUUUGGAGCUCUUCACUAUUGAAGUAUCGUAAAUCUACCUUGAAUGAUUGUAAGAAGUGUAAAUUUCUACCAUUACAUUAUUUAUACCACAAACAUGAAAAUGAAACUUAUAUUGAGUAG